UUGUUGAUGUUGGUUUCUUAAGCCUUAAAAGAGGUCACGAAACGUCUUUGACUUAACGCCCCCCACUCAUUCUUUCCAUCGGUCACAACUCACAAGUCGAACCCUUCUUGCUCGAUCAACCCUUACAUUAUGGCUCUGGCUCUGGACUUUUGUCUCUUGUGGUGCUUCACCUGUCUGGUUCUCCCGGUGGAACCCUUGGAUUUGCUGCCCUCCGUCACCGAUGACGGCAUCUCCUACCCGACCCACGACAUCAAACACACCCUGGAGUCCACGUUUAAUCCAGGCUGUCUCAUGACCACUUGUAACCGCAACGGCUCGGUGAGCGUGUUCAAUCUGACCAUUGUGGAUGAUCCGGUCCAAGCGCAAGAGCAUCACUGGGUUUGGUCAGUUAUCAAGCAUCCCACCAUUCAGGUGGCUCUCACCCCUCCCGGCGAUCGAGUCCGGAUCGAUUGGGGAGCCUUGUUCGGCUUUGGCGAUAUGGCUUCGGCCAUUGAUUACGAGAAUGCACCCGACUAUUCGGCCGCUAUCAUGUUGGCUAAUUUGAUUGAGUUCGACGACCAGACCGACAACGCCUUCAUUCACGAUGAAAAGCCCUCGGUGCUGGUGUACCCGUUGCUCAAUUUCAAUUGGAAACGGGUGAUGAUUGAAAACACCACUCAACGUUUGGCUUACGGUUUCAUCGGGCAAAAUUACUCGUCUGCGGGGGCCAGUCAUCCUCACAAUAUCACGGGCACGCUCAACAUCACGUUGGCCUCUUACGCUCAAGAGGGCUAUGGCGUGUGGCUUCCUCAUUUAUCUCAUAGUGAGGGUACCAAUCAAUUCGAUAUUCAGUUGCAAGAAUUGAAAUCCACGUCCGGGUUUCAACGAUCACGAUUUGCCCUCGAGUUCUACAUUGUGAGCCAGGCCACUAGAGAAGACAAAUUGCGACGAGUGGCUACCCGCACCUUGGACGAUGAGCAUACUCCGGGCAUCUUUAAGACCCAAGAGCUGAUCAUCCCGGGAUAUAAUGAAUCCCUUCAAGCUUUUCUGCAAUGGCGCCCUGUGGUUUAUACAACACGUGAAAGAGAUUUGUCGGGAUCAACGGAUGUGAAUGUUACGAAUGCGAUUCGGGUGACCAAUGCCAGUGACGAAUUGGCUACCUCCAUUUUGUAUGCCAUGUACGGCAUGGACUUGGAUGAUAUGUUGGUCUUUCGAAUCAAUGUGACCUUAGGAGGACCGAAAGAUGGUUUUUACAAGAAAACUAAAUAUCAAGCAUGGACAUUCACAAUCGGAACAGGAGAGCCCAUUCGUAAUGGAUUUUCACCAAUGAUCAUUCUCGUGAUGACAAUCAUAUUUGGAAUUCUUCUUUUGGUUGGCAUUACAGCCAUUGUCAUCUGCAUUGUCAAGCGUGUCAAGCGGAGACAACCACAACAAAAUGCCUACGGAAGACUUCAGAAUUAAUUAGCUCAUGAAGGCCAAGCCAACAUGAA